CGUUGCCAGAUACAUUUUAAGUUUGGCGUGAAAUUUUCAACAGUUAGGGGCAGCUGUUUUUGAGUCUUCAUCGAGACGCAGCUGAAAACAAAAAAAUAUUAAAGUUGAAAUUCAUAAUAUGAAACGUAGUGCUUCAGGAGAUUCUCCGACUAGAGGAAAUCAUUUAGGACGAUCAUCACACGGUAGAACAAUCAUGGGUCGUGGUUAUGACAAUGGCAGCGGUGUGCCGGGCGAUUCGCCCGAACGUAUGUCUCCAGAUCGCAUGCGACGUCGCAUUGGAAGGUCACCAAGUCCACGUCCACGGUAUGGUGUUUCACCCCAUAGAGAGGAGUAUUUGCGUGGUCCACCACCAGUGGCGGAUAGGCCAACUUAUAAAGUGCUAUGUGUUAGUGCUUUACAUCCGAAAGCUUCAGAUGAUUUCAUCAAGGAAACGUUGUAUCGUGAAUACAAGAAAUUUGGUGACUUCAGCAUCCGUAUUUCGCAUGAUUUGGACGAACGUGUAGCUUACGUUUGUUUUCGCACUUCGGAGGAUGCACGCGAAGCAAAACAUCACAAGCCGCGCAUUGUGUUGUACGAUAAAAUGGCACUAGUGGAACCAGUUUACGAGUCAUCUUCACAUAAUGAAUAUAGGCCUCGUCGUUCGAUUACUCCGCCUGAGUACGAUCGUUAUCAUUAUCCACGUUCCCCAAUGGGCCCAGCAGGACCAAUAGAACAUCGUAGGCCACCACUUGAUCCCUAUGACCGUUAUGGCCCACCUAUGCAUCCGCAUGGUCGUUCACGAGAGUAUCGCGGUCCUAUACACCACGAAUAUCCACUUCCUCCACGUGGCCCACCAAUGCAUCGUGUGCCACCACAUUUACAUGGCCCACCGCCGCCACAUCAAUAUGCGCCUAUGCGUCACAUGGGACCGCGUCCUCAUACUCCUUAUGAGAAACCCGAAAGCAAGAAGGAUAAGUUCCCCAAUUACUUGCAUCAUGUUCAACCAGAAGACGAUCCGCUCGCGACUCGUACUUUAUUUGCUGGCAAUUUGGAAGUGAAUAUUUCAGACGAAGAGUUGCGUCGCAUUUUUGGCAAAUAUGGUAUCGUGGAUGAUAUUGAUAUAAAACGACCACCGCCAGGAACUGGCAAUGCCUUUGCUUUUGUGCGCUAUCAAAAUUUAGACAUGGCUCAUCGUGCCAAAAUCGAGCUUUCCGGUCAAUAUAUUGGAAAGUUUCAGUGUAAAAUUGGUUACGGUAAAGUGACGCCUGCUACUCGUAUAUGGAUAGGCGGUCUUGGAGCUUGGACUUCGGUAACGCAAUUGGAAAGAGAAUUUGAUCGGUUCGGUGCGAUAAAGAAAAUAGAAUAUCAAAAAGGCGAUACUUGCGCAUAUAUUCAAUAUGAAACCAUUGAGGCAGCUUCUGCUGCAGUGAAGGAAAUGCGCGGUUUUCCUUUGGGCGGCCCAGAGCGUCGUUUGCGUUCAGACUUCGCAGAGUUGCCAGGAACUGCACCGGCUGCGCCUUUCAAAACCAAGUCGAGCUAUGAUGAUCCACAUGAAUAUAGGCGUCCUGAGUAUGAUUAUCAUUAUGAAGAAACCCCACACUACGCACCACGUGGUGGUUAUGCUCCAUAUCAACCAAGAGGUGGUUACAGAGGGCGUGGUGGCUAUCGUGGGCGCGGACGCGGUUCCUAUCAUGUCUAUCAUAAUGACGUACAUCGUCCAUCACAUGGCAGUUCCGUAUCAUCAAUGCCACCACCAGCUGGAGCCGAAGAUGAAUGGCGUCGUCCGCCAGGCGAUACGUACGAAAGAGCACGUUCUGGUUCCCGUGAACCAGGUGCAGAUCGUUCGCGUUCUCGCUCACCGCAUAAACGUGCGCAUUCGCCUGAGUCGGACUCAGAUUCUUCUUCGCGUCGUAACGGUGCUUUGAGCACUGCACGAACUUUGCCCGAUAUUGCACGUAAGUGCACUGUUAUAUGGCAGGGAGCACUCAUUUUGAAAAGCUCACUAUUCCCGGCUAAGUUCCAUUUGACCGAUGGUGAUGCUGAUAUUGUCGACUCGUUGAUGCGCGACGAAGAAGGAAAGCACAAUUUGCGCAUCACACAGCGUUUGCGGCUAGAUCCGCCCAAGUUGGAAGAUGUACAAAAACGCAUUAGCUCAUCAUCAUCACAUGCUAUAUUUUUGGGAUUGGCUUCAUCUGCUGCGACCACAUUAGAGGACAGCAGCGUACAAACACGCCCUUUGCGGAAUUUAGUGUCAUACUUGAAGCAAAAGGAAGCCGCUGGAGUUAUCUCGCUUUUGAAUAAAGAUACCGAAGCGACAGGUGUGCUAUACGCUUUUCCACCAUGCGAUUUCUCUACUGAACUUUUGAAGCGCACAUGCCAAAGUGUGAGUGAUGAAGGUCUCAAGGAAGAUCAUCUUGUGGUAGUUGUUGUAAGAGGUGGCACCGCUUAAAGGUGUACACCAUUGGAGGAAACUGCAAUUUUUUUUUCAUACAUCGCUUUUAGUCCCCGUAUGCCGCGUUCGAAUUGACAUCAUUUAACUUGUUUGAAAAAAAUUCGGCACAGGGUGGUAUCAGCAAGAUUCCUGCAAACUUAUGAAAUCUAGCUAAGCUAUUUCUGAAACUAAAAUUAGCACCAACAAUUGAAUUGUAAAAAAUCUUUUUCCUAAAGAGGCCAUUAGAGGGGAAUUCAAAAAUUGAAAAUGUUUAAUGAAAGCUUAUAGAGAACUCGCUAUUCAGUUGUGAAAAAUUAUAUUUAUAACCUCUGCGGCCAAAAAGGGACGUCCUCAUACGUAAACAAACAGUUCUUGAAACUUAAAAAUACUUAAAACUGCGGUCUGAACGGCUUGGUUAAAAAAAACAGCUCUCAUUAAAUUAAUCUUGUUAAAUGAUGCCAAUUUGAACGUUCUAUAAGGUAACGAAAAAGGAAGCUAUUUCCGUCGCGUCGGUAGUGAAAUUAUUACUUAUACCGAGAUAUUAGGAUUUAAGAUUCAACACUUCAUUCAACACAAUAUUCAGUAAAUAUAAGGUAGAUUAAAUAGCGUUCUAAACACACAUACAUUUAAUGGAGGAUGAGUAAAAUAUUAGGACUUCACUGAAAAUUUAACAGAGUUCUGGUUAAAAGCUGUGAGCGAAAAAUCAUUUCUUAGAAAAUUAAUAAUUCGUUUUUAAACAUUAAAAUUUCACAGCAUUACUUAUAAAACAAAACAUCGAAAUUCCUUCUGUUAGUGAUUGUGGCUUAAUAUUUUACUCACUGGGUAGUAAUUAACUUUUUUAUUAAAUUUGCAUACAUAUUACUCUUCGGCUUACAGAUCGUUACUGGAAGGUGGAAAGUGCGUAUUUGAGAUCUUUAUAUAUUUCAAAACUUAACAAGUUUUUGAAAUACCUAAAGAACAAAAAUCUUAGAUACUUUCUGCGUAUCAGUACCUCUAUGUAAGUUGUACAUAACAUUAUACUAAUCAGCUAUAUUUACUGUGCGUGCAACCUAAUAAAGCACGAAAUUUUGCCACUCAUUAAUAUCAGUCAUAAAGCCACUACUACUACAUAGUUAUAGUAUUUUUAAUGUAUGCACCUGAAACAAAGUUUUUUAAAUACAUUUCUUUUUAAUGUUUUGAGUUCAAAAAGUGAAAAAAGUUGCUGUGCCAAUUUUGUGAAGUUUAGUUAAUUCGAUUUAAUUCUACAAUAAUUUCUCCCAACAAUGAUAAUAAUACCCAAAUCUCAUAUCAUGGCCUACCAGACUGGUGUGUAAAAUUCGAACAAAGAGAAAUUUGUAUAAAAAUAAUAAAAUUGAAUUGGUGGUACAUAUGUAUAUACUAUAUGAAAGUAAAACGAUUCUUGUCCAAUUUUGUACGCGUGGUGAAAAUACAAUGAGGCCUGGCUUAACAGUUCGAAGUGGGUGAUGCAGUGUAGCGUUGUGGCAAUUUUCCGGUGGUGACCUUUAUGCUUCAGGAAGUGUACAUUAGCAAAAUUGGUGACUGAGCAAAUUAUUUGUGUUAAGUUUUUUUUUUAAGUUGAGUUUGUGUUUUUUACAUUUUAAAUGUAUCAAAAAUACUUACCAUGCAUGGCCACUUGUAUAAUUUUAUUAGAAAUUACUUUUGUUAUUGCCAAGCGCAAAGAAUCCAGUUGGAAGAGAGUGAAGUUCAAUAGUAUCCAUAUUAAAGAUGUAUUCAAUCUAGUUUGAGACUAGUGCAGUUCGCCUCUGGCCGUUGAUAUUUCCUGUGCUGUUAAGAUGCAAUUCAAAGGUGGUUAAAAGUGAAGUAUCAGAUUGAAUUGCAGGUGUGUUGUAGUGUGCUGUGGGUGUUUUUGUUUGUGGCAAUUUUCUGAUAUGCAAAUUGGCUAUAAUAUGAAAAGUAGUAGUUCCGCCUGCAUUAAAAAAUCCCUUUACGUAGCAAACUGUGUCUAAUUAAAAUCUGAAAGUGAAUUCUCCUCAAACCAGUGUUGCAUACAUACAUAAAUUUGUAUAUGGCGAUUUCAGCUCUAUAUUGAGUUUUAUUUCAUGAGGGUGUUGUUUGGUUGUAGUACAAUCAAAAGUAGAAACUUAAUUCUCUACUUGAAUAUUAAUCAGUGAUUUUUGCAUAGCAUAAUCGUUUCCAUGUUUCAAUGCUUUCCGAACCUCAAUUCAACAUGCAUUCGUGUGAAUAUGUUUGCUGCCAACAAUAAAGACGCGAGUGCCCAACAAAUGAAGUGCGUCCGAUUGACCUCUUGGCGAGUCAAAUUUGCUCCAAUGUCUGUGGGUGUUAAUGUCUUUGAAGCCAUGCUAAGAGAACCACGUGUAGCAUUUGUUUAAAAUUAAUUGCUGCAUAUAAAGGGUUUUACGAAUGCUACAUUGUUUUCUUAAAUUUGCGCACCGACGUCAAAUGCUGUUUCCUGAUCCUAGUGAAUACUGUAUCACUGCACACUAAUUUUUUAAAAAGAGCCAAGUUUACAUAGAUGAAUUUGACCGAAAAAAUUACCAUUGAUUUCUAUAAUAUUAUUAAAUUAUUGAAUAUUUUAUUUUUUCUUGUGUGUUAAAUCAUUGAUUUUGAAGUUUUGUAUCUACAUACAACAUACCUACAUAAAUAACUUAAUUUAAUAAUAUUGAAAGUCAUGCUUGUAACGUACGUAUACAAAAGCGUACACCAUCCGUUUAUUAAAAUAAAAAAUCAGCUGAAAGUGCGUUAGUUGUAAUAAUCACUACUGGAUUACGGAAAACUUAAUCAAAUAAACUUAUAAAUAAAAUAAA